GGGGGAACACAAAAAAUGGGUUCUGUACGCUAUCGUACCGUACGAACUUUAGUGAGGUAUCUCGCAUACUGUUAUUGGAGUUGCUAGGAAAUCUUUUUCUUCCUUGGAACUCUCACAAAUUAAAUACUAAACCCGAAAAACACCAAAACCAAGCCUUUCCAACCAAGAUCUACCAAACAUGAAUACCAUGAAUCUUUCAUUUGUUGCCAUCCUUUCCGUUAUUGCCUUGCAAAGCACACAAGCCAUGAUCUCUCCUGCCGUGAGUUGCUGUGAAGACAAUGGAGGAAAGUACGAAAUUGUGGACGGCAGUGAUGGCCAGUCGGGAGUUUGCAGGAAGGAUGGAGUUAACACAGAAGCCUUUUACUUCAUGGACCAGAACUGCCCUCCUCCGCCAACAGUUUCUCCAUCCAAUGCACCCACCAUGAAAUACUCUGUCUAUGCCGUCAAUAAUUGCGACGCCACUGUCACUGCCAAUUUUGUUCUCAGAUCAAGUAGGAGAUUAGGUGGAAACCGGAACAGCCAGGUUGAGGUCCAGCAGGGACAAUGCACAUAUGUAGGUCCUACCAAUCUGGAUGUUGUGACUUACACAAGCCAGGGAAGCUAUGUCAGCAGCGGAAAUGAUUCCUGCUUGAACAUAGGAGAUUCCAACAACUCAGAUUGCAACUUGCUGGGCAUCGCAGAAAAUGCCUGCGUUGUCAACCUUUGCUAAGCUCUUAGUUCUGCUACUGUUCACUUACAAUAGACUUAUACAGUACAACAUAAAAAAUAGAUGACAAAUAACUGG